AAGAAGGGGCUGCGCGUAGAGGAUAAAUACAUCCAACUCCAAGCUCGCAACAUCAGUCGCACCUUGUGUGAUGAAUUGGCCGCCGGCAACCAGUACCAAGAUUUCAAAGCAUCAUCCGGCUGGCUAGAAAACUUUAAAAAUCGGUACAUCCUCGUAUCGAGACGACAAACGACCACGCGAACGCUGCCUGACGAUGCAAAGGCUCAGUGCCUUGAAUUCAUUCAGAAAGCACAAGAACUGAUCCAAGAACACAAAAUCGAGCCCAGCAACAUCAUAAACAUGGAUCAAGUGCCCAGAUAUUUCUCUGAAGAAUGCAAACGCCCUGACCCCAAGCAUCAGCCAACUGACACAAAUCAUUUUACAAAAUAA